GCUCGGGAAAAAACGAAAAGUAAAACAGCUGCUAUGUUGGAUCCGAGUUUGUGUUUAUCGUUUGUUUCUAUUCGUAUUCGCGAAGGCAUGAGGAAAUUGUGCUGUUUUGCAUUAGGGCGGGAGGGAGGAGGGAGCUUUACGACUUGAACAAGCGCACGCAAAGUCGUGUUUUAUUUGAUAAAUAAAUGCACAUUUAUCGCACUGUGCCGCCCUGGAUGGAUUUUAUUUACGACGAAAAGUCACCGACACCGUGGUGAUUUCGAGUUUUCUUUUUUCUCUGUGACAUUUCCGCCCUACAUGCCAGGUUGCUUCUUCCCGUGAUCGCACUUUGCGAGUACCCGUCGCAGCCUGCUGUUCCCUACAAGGUGCACAGUAGAGAUGAAGAAGCUGAAAAAGGGAAGCCUGAAAAUCAAAGACGAAGGCGAGCUCGCCAACAACAAGAAGGUAUGUCGUAUAGUACACCGUUUCGCGUUGAAGCUUACGCGGAUGGGCCUGCUUAAGCAGGUGUCUGCGACGAGGCUGAAGCUAGAAAAGCAUUUGCGAAAACAUCACAGUCCUCAACAUACGGCAGCCCAUUGAUUGCUUCCUAUAGAUAUUCCGAGGGUGUGGAUUCUUUGCAGAAGACAUUUUGGGUCUUUCUGUGGUUUCCCCUGAAAUUUUUGAUCACAGCUCGACCUCCAAAACAGGCGGCUCCGCCACCGGAGAAGGAGCACGAAGUCGAGGUAUAUAUACCGAAAAAGAAGAAGAGCAAGAAGCAGGAGGUGGCGCAGCUCGAGUUUAAUGACCAGAAAAAGCAAAGCCCCAACUUCAACCUGGUACCGGGUGAACUCGAACAGGACGAUGGAAAGAACGAGGAGAAGGCAACUCACGACAACCCAAAGAACGUAUUUUUGCUUUGUGUAAAUCGCAGCUUAUGUUUACAACGGUUAUGUUCGCCCUGGACUCGAGUUUACAACCUCAUCUUCGCCUUGGAAAUGCUGGGUUCUUAGCCGCAGCUACGUGUACGCUUUAAAGAUAGAGUCUGAGCUGCGUUUCAUCACAAUCAAGGUUUUUCAUUCUUGUUGCCACCUUGAUUCACAAACACGUCUUAGCGCUAAUAUGCUAUAUUGAGCAUAAAAAAACUUUGACUUUUGAUUCGUACAUUCACACAACUUGCACAACAGGCGGACUCUCGUUCACCUUUGUUGCUACAGAAGUCCACGAAGAAGCGCAAGAACGUGGACGAUGAGGACCACGUCAGCGAGAACUACGAUGCUAACGACAAGGGGAACGAGGAUGCCGACGACUUCCAACAGAAAAAGAAGAAGAAGGCGAAGCCGGAGGCUAUCGUGGCCAAGUUCGAGGAGAAGUUCGCCAAAGAUUUCAAGCUCAGCCAGAUUCCAAAGGGGCAAACAUUCAGCAGCUGCAUAGGUUGGUCUCCCUUCGAAGAAAAAGGCGACGGCUUCGGGGCGAACAAGUCCACACUAAGAAAACUGCAGAAAGAGCUGGGGAAGGCCGCAGGUGAAGUCGGUAGGAAAGCGCUCACGUUGAAGAAGGCCCUCGCAGUCGUCUCGCCGAUCCUCCAGUCGCACUCGCUUCGCUGCGGCGAACAGAAAGCGGAAAAAAAGUCGGACGCCAACGAAAAGCUGCGCCAAACUAUGUUUGUGAGAGAGUUUUUUCUUCCCAAGGGGGCGAAGAUCGUCGUCAUCGGACGGGGUGCCGAUAAGUCAGUCGCGUUUUGCGAGGUGGCGGAGGGUAUCGAGUGCAAAUAUGUCUGGGGUUGCUGGAUGGAUGCAGAUAAGUGCUCGCCAUGUUCUUUUCGCAUGAGCCUAACCCGGAAGGUCUGCCAUGUAUGUUGCAGGCCCCGUCCUAGAGUCAAAAGUCUACUCGAGAAGGGGCCUCAGUGCUUAACUAUCAGCAAGGCAGAUCCCUUCUGUCGGUGCCAAGAAGUGGACACUUUUUGCUGUCCGCGCAGGAUAGAUUCUUGUGUGUAGUUCUUGAGAUACGCGUCACAAGUUUGCGCCACCUUUCCAUACCCAGACAUAUUUGCAUUGGAUAGACGAGGAAUGCGGAAUCGAGCUGUACUAUCAUGUGCAAAAGUAUCGCGCUCGUAGUAAUUUUUGCAGUCAUGCGUUUGCAAAUCUUUUUCUUAAGGAUUACUCAUGCGUUUGCAAAUCUUUUUCUUGAGGUAGACUAUUUGCGAGGAAGUUUGUAAAUGCAUUUAUUUUUUUUAUACGAGAACGAGGACGAUACUCUUGCAAUGCAUAUGCACUCCGGCAAAGCACGGGCAGGCCAAGGAGGGCCGGGCAACGAGGGGGGUGGGAGUUUUCGCCUAUGGUGUUGCUCUGAAGCGCUACGCUUUCAACUGUUAACGCAUCUCCAUGAGUUUGCUCCUGUGAUGCAAAAAUAGCAAAGCCGAAGGGGAAGAUCUUGCAGCUACUCUCGCGCCACAAACUCAGCGCAGAAAUCCAUGUUGUUUAGCCCUUCGAGAAUCAUCUGCCAUGCGAAAAAGCUUCGUCGUGUCGUGUCGAUAUCGAGGUUGAUUUUGCAGGACAAGUCACUUAACAGUUGAGAAUGUAAGGCCUGAGAACCCCAUAUCGCUGCUACAAGUAUUGCUUAACGCUGAAGGUCAUCAACGUGCUCAAUAAAAAGGACUUUUUCGAUCAUGGCGAAAAGAUCACGAUGAGCACCAGCUGCCACGUGAACUCGGAGACAAUGCGGAAAAAGAUUCUGGGCGCCUACGCAGGCACGGUUGCGAAAACAAACCGAGAGGAGGUUAACAAGGCGAAAAAGGUGCGGCGUGUGCUUUUGCUAGUAGUUCCAUGGCUACUUUUCGACUUACAGACUUGGCUUGUUGGUGUUCCAUUGGUCGGCAUUUUGUUUGCGCAAGAAGCGCAAGGGCUCGCGUGCUUUAUGGAUACACAAAGCACAUACAAGCCCAGCAAGUUGCGCGAGCUCUAUCAGGACGAGCGUCACGCAUCUACAUCUGACUGGACUUCAAUAAUCACCACAACACCGACAGGUAAUGAAAAAAGACGACAGCAUCGAGGAGGUGGAGGCGCCACAAGUCAAAAAACGAAAAAUCCAGCAGAAACACGACACGGCUCUGCCAGCGGCAGGGGGGGACGACGAAGAUGCUGGAGUUGAUGGUGGAGGGCAUACGCGAACCAAGAAAGGCAACAAGAACCAGAAAGAGGCGAAGUCCUACACUACGUCCUGCAAAAAGUCUUUCGUGACUUAUGCUCGUGCAAAAUUUUCUGCCUCCUAUAGACUCAGCAGACAGAAAUUCCAUGCAGCGCUGCAUGUUAGAGUCGUUUUGGUUUAUUUAUUUGCGCGACGCAUGUGAGUUCGCGGCCAGUCGAAGACCACAGGGGUAGAGUUUCACCUGGUCUUUUGCCAGAAUUAUAAUCCUUUUCUCCGUGCUCUCAUCUUUGCGUUUCGUCCCAAGUACGGGGAAGUGGCAAUGACAGAAUUGCAAGUACGAAGUUCAUGACAUUACAGAGUACGGGGAAAUGGCAAUUUGCACCAUUCGAUUCACAAUUAUGAUUUAGAUAGUAAACUUGUCUUGUAUGGAAGUGGUUGCUACUAUCCUUUGCGUUGAAAUAGGGGGUGGAAAGCCUUGCAAUGCAUAACCUGACCGGCAUUCUCGCCAAUCCUUUUGGUGUCGCAAUCACUGGCAAAGGGAGCCAGGGAGGUUUAAACCUGGUAUUAAAUAGUUGCUUGAGUUUGAUUUGUUGUCAGGGUUUGUGUCUUCAUCUCUGGUUGGCAAGAACACUUUCGUGAUCUUCACAACCAAAAGUUUACCACCGAGUUUUCUUUUCAUCUUCGAGUAGUCUACCUGCUAACGCAAGAGAAACCAAUCGUGUUGUUUCUCUUUCUCCUCAUUGAAGAAUCCAAGUGACCGCUAUUCGCGAAAAAAGGUGAAAAAACAAGGCGGAGCGGUGGAGUCCGUGGAAGGCAAAAAAAAGUUAUCAAAUGCAAAAAUGUCUGGGUCUGGAACAAAGCCACUUGUCAUGCUAGAUCUGAAUCAUGUAAAAAUCUGUGUUGCAUGAUUACCAAAAGCUGUUCACUUUUGACCGAAUCGAGAGUCAGUUUCUCAUGCAGGAUAGGCAUGAUAUAACUCGCACUGAAUCUGUCAUGCUAUGUCCUACAUACCAGACCUCAUGAGUCAUGGAAAACCUGCAUGACAAGUCUGGCAUUCUUCCAGACCCAGACAUUUUUGCAGUUGAUAAAAGUCCGCGGAAGGCAACAAAGUGGCUGCUCCGACCUCCAGUUCGUUGCCGAAGCACCAGGCUAUUGUCGCAAAUGAAAAACUACCCGUGGCGGAACUCAGGGCUGCCUCUUCGGUUCCGGCGUCGAAAGGACCAUCCUACACUCCGGGACACUAUCCAUUGCAAAUAUUAUGCUAGGUUCUGGAAGAUUGAAACUUGUAAUGCUGGCGUGACAUCAUUGUCAUUCCUUGAAUAAAUAGAAAACUACCGGCUCUGCAUUACCAAAAACGAAAGCACAUCCACUUUUGUCAUGGAAAAAUGUAGUUUCAUUCUCAUGUAGAAUUUUGUACGACAAAGCGCUAGCGCUUUUACAACAAACUUGUCGUGCCAGGCUGCAUUCGAGAAUCAUGCUUCAGUCAUCACAACCCACAGUUCAGCAUCAUAAGUUUCCAGACCCAAAAAAAUUUGUACUUGAUAAGCGAAAGCUGUUCGGCCGGCAUGAGCCCUCAGAGGAUUUUAAGAAUUGCGAGUUCGUGCGUGAACUGCCGGCGGAAAUGAAACGUCACAAGAAGAUGAACAAGAAUAGCGCUACGGAAGAUGAAACUACUAUCCUAUGUAAAAACGUCCCCACACCAUAGUUGUAUUGUAAAUCUGCAUGCCGAAAUUGUUUCUCGUGCGGAGCCCCAUGAGAAGCAUUUUCUAAUCGUGUUUUGCAAUUUGUCAUGCUCCAAUCAGCAUGAUGCACUACGUCUGUGAUGCUGCUGAGAUAGCUCAAACAGCAUUACGCUACGAGUCCAAGUUUGUCAUGCAAGACAGCCAAAACUUGUGGAUUUGUCUAGCCAAUCCCUCAUCUUGACUAUGGUGUGGGGACGUUUUUGCAUAGGAUAACUACUACGCAGCAGGAGAAAAAUAGAAGAAUUCUCGUCCGGUGGGAGCACGACAACGCCGAAGAGGUCCUGGCUGGUGAUAACGUAGUCAUCCGGCAGAAAAAGAAAAGACUGUGGGGUUACUUUCAGCCAGAAGAGAAGUGGAUAUCAAAUGUAAAAAUGUCUGGGUCUGGAAAAGUGGAACUUGUAAUGCGUGUCAUGCAUUCCUGGAAAAUCUGUGUUGCAUAAGCAGCAAAAGAGAAGCUUUCUUUGUCAUGCAAAAACGGAUUUGUCAUGCGUGCUAGGCAUCAGAAGGCCUCUCAAAAACUUGUCAUGCUUGGCUGCCAUUGGAAGCGCUUCAAUCAUGCGCCACCCAGCAUCACAAGUUUCCAGACCCAGACAUUUUUACAGUUGAUAGUGGAAGCCGUGCGACCACUUUGGGAUGGUGACCGAGGAGGAUGGCGCACAGCGUGUCCGCGUGAAAUGGAAGCACGACGAUUCGGUUUCGGUUCUUGCAUAUCAAAUGCAAAAAUGUCUGGGUCUGGAAGGCUGGAACUUGUGAUGCUAGCUUCGGACUCUGAGAAACUCUGUAUUGCAUGACCAGCAAGAGGAGUCUAGUUUGUGCUACGCGAGGAGGGCGUUUGUCAUGCGGAGUAGGCAUCAGGAAGCUCUCUAAAAAUCUGUGAUGCUAGGGCGUGCAUUACAGACGACGUCCUGGGUCAUGCAAAACAUGCAUGACAAGUCUCAGAGUCAGAAUCUUCCAGACCCAGACAUUUUUACAUUUGAUAUUGCAACCGACUGUGUCAAGCCACGGACGGGUGAUAAAAACGAAAUGCCGCCGGAGGAGAAAAAAGAAUUGGUCCUUCCCCGCUAGCACUUUGUCAUGCGGUUUAGACAAACAUACGAAGAUGCGAGAAACACUGCUCUGGGGUAUUGAACAACACCCUUCGUGAUUACAACUAAGCGUCCGGAUUUUGAUUUUGAGAUACCCAAGCAACAUGUCUCUGUAGAGGCUUCGUUUUGAGCUUCGAACUGCGCGACGCCGUUCUACUCACGAGUGGCAAUUGAAAAUAAACUGAUGCGGCGCCACCAUUGAUGAUUCAAUAUCAAUUUUUGCUUCUCUCGGCCAACUUUAUCAAGCAGCAGACAACGGUUCUUCUUUGUAUAUGUGUAU